CGCUGGACUGUGGUCGAGAAUCCUACUGGGCAAAAAGUAUAAGUCAAAUAUCACGCCACGUGUUUCAGUUGGAGCGCCAGGCGUACGGAUGCGCGAAUAGAGUGAGAUCGCAAGCACGGUAAAGUGAGAUGCCCUAGAUUUCUCGUCCGUGUGGACAUUCAUUCAUAGAGCUCGCUGGUUUCGUUCUAUCUCUCUCAAUCAUCUCCCGUUAUCUUUCUAAAGCAACUGCGCGGACCUGGAUGUGCAUUAAAAUGGUGGGGAUAAAAUGUUUACUAUGCUGAAACAGAAUUGCUUGAAUGUACUGUAGUACAUUUGUUUCAAGUAAUUAAUUUUGUUUCUGGAACGAAGAAAAUACAGUAACGACAAUGAAUAUUUUCGUAAAAUCUGCGGUAUCAACUGUUAAACCAACACCAUUGGUUAGAAGUAUUGCAAUGAGUUCUAUGAAACAUACAAAUGAUCCUGGAGAUAUAAUUCAUUUGGAAGGUCAUGAACCUAGUAUACCUCCUUAUGUUGAACGGAGUGAUGAAAACUCAACAGUUAAAAGAGCGAGGCUGAUAUAUCAGUCUCGUAAGCGGGGUAUGUUAGAGAAUGGCCUACUGUUAAGUACGUUUGUCAAGAAGUAUUUAUCUGAUUUUAAUGAUGAACAAUUACAAAUGUAUGAUCGGCUCAUAAAUUUACCGUCAAAUGAUUGGGAUAUAUUUUAUUGGGCUAUAGGCUCAAAACCCACACCACCGGAGUUUGAUAAUGAAGUUAUGGAUUUAUUAAAGAAGCAUAUUAAAAAUGAGGAUCGUCAAGCAAGAAUAAUGCAACCUGAAUUAUAGAUGUAGUAAUACGUAAUAGAUUCUGUCUUUGUAACUAACAGAAGAAGUAUUGUACUAGUACAAUAAACGAUUAUUUAUUUAUUUGAAUAGCAAAUAUAUUUUUAGUACGUUUACAACAUGCAAUAGUUACUGUAAAUAUAGUCGAAAUAAAAUAUAUAUUCUUUAUUAAUGA